AUGUCAAACAUCGUUAAAUGUUCUUCAGAUGAUUUUCAACAUAAUGAAAUCGCAAUAGUAUGUGAUAAUGGUUCUCAUUCGCUGAAAGCUGGUUUUUCCAAUGACAAUUUUCCACGAUCAAUAAUUCCAACUAUCGUCGGAAGACCUAAAUAUGAAAAAAUAAGUACCAUACCAGAAUAUGGAGAAAAACUUUUAUUUACCAGUGAGUCUGCUAUAAGAAAUUUGGACAUUUUGGAUACGAUUUGUCCGAUACGUAAUAGCAUAAUUUCUGACUGGGAUGCUAUGGAAAAAAUUUGGUACCACAUGUAUUAUGAAGACUUGUUGGUUUCACCAGAAAAUUAUAACAUUUUACAUACAGAAGUAGAUAUGAAUUUAAAAUCGUCACGUGAAAAAUUGUUUGAGAUUAUGUUUGAAUUAUUCAACGUACCAAAGACAGCAGUGAUACCCAAGUCAGUACUUGCUUUAUAUAGCAGUGGUAGAACUACUGGCUUGAUGGUAGAUUCUGGGUACGACUACACACAAGUCAUGCCUAUUUUCGAAGGAUGCCCAUUGCAUCAUGCCGUACAAACAAUGUCAGUUGGUGGAUGGCAUAUAACACAAUAUUUGAUAGAAUUAUUAAAUAAACGUGGAUACAAUUUUAACUCUUCGAAAGAUUUCGAAACUAUAAACAAUAUCAAAGAAAAAUUGUGCUAUUUUGCUUUGAACUUCAAUUUUGAAAAAGAUAUGUAUACCGAAGAAAAAGAAAAACAAUAUAUACUGCCAGAUGGAAUGGUGAUCAAUGUCGAAAGCGAAGCCUUUCAAUCACCUGAAAUCUUGUUUGAUCCUCUUUUAUUCAACAUCGAAUCAAAGCUAGGAGGUAUCCACAACUUGAUACACAGAGCAUGCAGUGCUUGCGAUUAUAAAGAACAAAAAAAUAUGUACAACAACAUCAUAUUGGCUGGUGGUAAUACGAUGUUUCAAUUUCUACCUAUUCGUUUGGAGAAAAUGAUAGCUGAUUUAGUCACAUCUUCUACUAACAUUCAAAUUAAAGCGGACCCCGAACGUAAAUUUUCUACAUGGCUUGGUGGUGCCGUAUUAGCUUCGAUGCCCAGCUAUCAGCAAAUGUGGAUCAGCAAGGAAACGUACGAAGAAAAAGGGUCUGCAGCUAUACACGAAAAAAGCUUAAUCUGA